AUGUCUUCUGCACUUCAUUCUCUCGUUCUUAGCAUUAUACCUGCAUCCAGGACAGCAGAGGACCUGAAGGAGGAUAUUGUCUCUCAUUGCCAGGAGAUUCUCAACAGGGGACACGAAGCAGAUUUAAGCCAGGUAGUAGAUCUUGUGAAGCGUCGACUUUUGGCAACAUCACCAAAUGGAUCAAGUGCUUUGAAGUUCUCAAAUCUACUUUCUCGCCUUCUCAACCAGCCAGUACUCUCCAGGAAACCGGAAACAAUCAUGUUUCUCUACUCUUUGGCAUCCUCUCCAGCUGCUCAGCCUUCAGCCAUCCUACUCCCCUUGCUAACAUCCCCGCCAUAUCAAAAGACUCCUGUAAUUCAACAAGUCUUCAAUGACGCCUCAAAAGGGGGAAUGGUCACUGUUAAAUCCAAAGCAACUCUUUUGAGGGACUACCGUUCAGAGAAGAGUCAUUCACACCUGCCAGAAUCAGUCCUUCUCCGAGACGCCCUUUACCUCCUGCAGGGAAUAUCGGGGAAAUUCGUUCGCUUCUCGUUGACUAAAGAAGAAGAAAAUAGGAUCCUCUUUGUUGAGGAUGCUAAAUGGCAUAUCCCUGCAUCAACUCAGGCUCUGAUACAUCGGUUGGCUGAACUUGGUUAUCUAUACAGCAGAAUUGAGCGCUUCGUGCAAGAGCGUGAAGGUGCAAACGGAGUGGGGACGAUAGAGCAAAGCCUUUGCCACCACCUACAUCAACAACUCACUCAAUAUUAUCGUUUGAUAGCCAUGCUGGAGACGCAGAUAUCUAAAGCUCCACAAGUCUCGGACGAUUCUGGUAUGAGCCACGACGGUGGAAGAGAUAACUCCGGGCUUUCGUUAAGAAGGCUUGACGUUUGGGUGAAUGAGUGGCGGCUCAGAAUGAGGAUGAUGAGUGUAUGUGUUGAAGGUGCCCGAGACACACAUGGCGGUGCACUGGUAAAUUUGAUCCACAGUUAUACUGAUAAUGGUGACCCUUUCGUUAGGAUGUUUACGGAUAAGUUAUUGGAAGAGGUUUCUCGGCCAUUUUUUGCCACCCUACACAAAUGGCUUUUCUCUGGGGAAUUGUACGAUCCGUUUUCCGAAUUUUUUGUUGCGGUGGAUGCAAACAUGGGCACUACAUCCCGUGUUCACCCCUCCUCACUACUGGGAGGAGUCAACCAGAUCUCAGGAGAUGGCGGGUUCACAGGGAUAGGUAGUGAUGACGAUUUCUCGGGGCUGCGAGAAAACGGGGUCAAGCUUUGGGAGGCAAAGUAUCGGUUCCGAAAGGAAAUGCUUCCCAUGUUCGUCGGCGAAUCUUUUGGAAGAAAGAUAUUCUCGACUGGGAAGAGCUUAAACUUCAUCCGUUACAGCUGUCAUGACAGCGACUGGGUUCUCACACGGGAAAAAAUGAGCAACACAGGUGGCCUUUUGCAGUACAAUGAUAUCGGAGGCCUUGAAAGAUCCAUCGACACGGCGUACCGCAUCGCCAGCCAUCGUUUAUUCGAGGUAUUUGUCGAGAAAUUCAGGCUCCUUGAUCAUCUUUCCGCCCUCAAAAAUUACCUCCUGCUUGGCCAUGGGGAUUUUGCUGAUCAAUUAAUGGAAACAUUAGGCCCGAGCCUGGCAAGACCUGCAAACACUUUGUAUCGGCAUAAUCUUACAGCAACUCUGGAAUCCGCCAUCCGAUCUUCAAACGCCCACAAGGAUCCAGUGGACGUCCUACGUCGUCUCGACGCACGAAUGCUGGAGUACUCACACGGCGAAAUAGGUUGGGACGUCUUCACUUUGGAGUACAAAGUUGAUGCGCCUAUCGAUACCGUGCUUGACGCGGACGCUAUGGAGAAGUACCUCAAGCUUUUCAAGCACCUGUGGCAAAUGAGGAGAAUUGAUAAGGCUCUCGAUCAAAGUUGGAUGAGGAUUAUUGGGGGUGCUCGCGCUUUCCUUCGAGUACCAGACUUGGAGCCAAAAUGGCAUAAAACUCGUCUUGUUGUGGCCGAGAUGAUACAUUUUAUUCGCCAAGUUGAGGCUUACUGUCGUCUUGAAGUAAUCGAAUGCUCCUGGAAAGGUCUUAUCGAUUUCUUGAACAAAAAAGAAGGCGAUUUGGAUGCAUUGAUCGAGGCACAUCGGCUAUAUCUAGACCGUGUGACGAAAAAGGUACUACUUUGGAAUUCUAAGCCCGGGAAGGAGGACAUUGUCCUGUUCCAGGUUAAGGAGAUCUUUUUGGUCAUCCUGCAAUUCCGAGAGGCCGCCGAUAAUUUUUAUAACUACUGUUUAUCGGAAUCUUCACGACGAGACCAGGACAUGGACGCCGAUCGCGGAGUGUACACAGGAAACCCGCAAGUCAGAAACCAACCGCAAGAUGCCUUACCUGGAUUGCUCAGUCGCUUAAAUGAAUACGGCUCUACAUACUCCGAUAGGGUCCAAUUUCUUGUGCAGCAUUUGCAAGUGCAUCCUGACUUGGAUUGUCGAUUCCUGGGCAUUCGGUUGUCCUUCUCCGAAUUUUACAAAUCAAAGAAGGAUCAAAAUCUGCAUCAACAAAGAUCUUGA